AAUCACAUUGCGAUUCCACCGUUGAAUGAACGACACGAAAAUCAAAAGGAUGGCACAACGAGGAAACCUCCCGUAUGACAAGACUAGUCAAUUCUGGUUACCUGUUCUAACCUGCCAGCACACGCGCGCGGGCGCACAUAUUUCAUAGUUCACACAGACGAGGAGGAUGAACAAACCGUUUGUUCUUGCCUUUCAAUCUCUCGUGCAAGCUUUCGUUCUUCUGAGACGUUGCGCACCAACAACCUCUGUUUGAGGCAAUUCUUGUCCGUUUCAUGAGUAGAAAAAAUGCUGCUUUCUGGGGCAGCGAAGUCUCAAUUACUAGCAGUAAUCUUCACUAUCGUUUCCCUUAAUCAAGUUAGCUGCUUUUCUUUCAAUUUCUCCACCUUCCAACCAUCGGAUGAACCUGAUUUAAAUUUGAUCAAAAACUCGAAAAUAUACCUGGAUGCCAUCCAAGUGACCCCUGAUAUUCGUGGCAAGAUAGCCGAUUAUUCUGGUCGAGCUUUCUACAAAAGGCCAUACAGACUCUGGAGCAAGAGCAAGAACCAAACUGCUGAGUUUAAUACCACCUUCGUGCUCAACAUCAACAAUCAAACUUCACCAGGGGGUGAAGGCUUGGCCUUUAUAUUAACCGGAGAUAUCGAUCUUCCAGAAAACAGUGCCGGAAAAUGGCUUGGAAUAGUGAAUGCCACAACCAAUGGCACUUCUCAACCGGGGAUUUUGGCAGUAGAGUUUGACACGAGACAAAACUCCGAGGAAGAUGGCCCCGACAACCAUCUCGGUGUCAACAUCAAUAGUAUCAACUCCAUGAGGCACGUUUCAUUACCAGACUUUGGGAUUACUAUUGCAUCGGGCAUAAAUGUAACAAUCAGGGUAAUGUAUGCUGAAGAUGUAAUAUCUGUUUUUGGUUCCAUGAACGGAACUGCUGACAUGAAGACUCUGCUAACUUCUCCGCCUCUGAAUCUAUCUUCAUAUCUACCGGAAGAGAUCUUUUUGGGUUUCUCAGCUUCAACAAGUAACUAUACGGAGCUGAACUGUGUAAGAGCUUGGGAAUUCCACGGCACCCAAAUUGCGGAUGAUGAUCACCAGCUGUUGUGGGUUUGGAUCGCAAUUCCUGCAGUAGUACUGGUCAUCCUGGGUGGGGUGAUCUUUUUCUUGCUUUGGCAAAGGAAUCGCCGCAUGAAGAUGUCAGAUGAAGCAGACCCGAGAAUAGAGGAUCAGAUUCAGUACAGCUCUAUGGCCCCAAAGAAGUUCCGACUACGAGAAAUCAGUAAAGCAACUGGCAGAUUCAGUCCUCAAAACAAGCUUGGGGAAGGUGGCUUUGGAACUGUCUACAAGGGGUUCUUGGGAGGCAACGAGGUAGCUGUGAAAAGAGUCUCCAAGGAUUCACGUCAGGGCAAGCAAGAGUUCGUAGCAGAAGUGACAAUAAUAGGAAGCCUUCGUCACAGAAAUCUGGUGAAAUUGAUCGGGUGGUGUUAUGAGAGCCGAGAGCUCCUCCUUGUCUAUGAGUUCAUGCCUAGCGGGAGCCUGGACAAGUACUUAUAUGAUGACAAGAAGCUUGGUUGCAAAGAUGGGACAAUACUGAGCUGGAAAACAAGACGUAACACAAUUUAUGGGGUGGCACAGGCGCUAGACUAUCUUCAUAACGGAUGCGAGAACAAGGUGCUUCACAGAGACAUAAAAGCCAGCAACAUACUGUUGGACUCAGACUUCACUGCCAAGUUGGGAGACUUCGGGCUAGCUCGUACCAUUCAGAAGAGAGACGAAACUCACCACUCCACAAAAGCAAUUGCAGGCACACCAGGCUACAUGGCACCAGAAACAUUCCUGACGGGGAGGGCAACAGUGGAGACGGACGUGUAUGCAUUUGGCGUUGUUGCAUUAGAAGUCGUGUGUGGAAUAAGACGAGGGAAUCUGUAUUCCCAGGUGGACGAGUAUAAGAAUAACAUUGCGCAUUGGGUGUGGGAGCUUUACGGGAAGGGAAAAUUACUAGAUGCAGUGGAUAGUAGGAUAAGAAAGGAAAUAGCAGAGGAAAAGGUGGCAGAUGUGCUUCUUCUGGGUUUGGCGUGUUGUCAUCCAAACCCACACCACAGGCCAUCCAUGAGGACUGUAAUGCAGGUUCUUACAGGGGAAGCAGCUCCACCAGCUGUACCCAAGGAAAGACCUGCUUUUGUGUGGCCUGCCUUACCUCCUUCCUUCAGCCAUGACGUCGAUAGCUCCAUCACAGGAAGCCAAUUCACUCCCUUCUUGCCAGACUUGGAGUUCACCGGCAGAUGAUUUGAUUUUAAAUUUGCCUUGUAGAGCUGAUGAUUAAAAUUUUAAUGAUUCUAGAGACCACUGCUUUUUCUUCUUGUGCGUGACUGGGUUUAGCUAGUUUUGAAUCAUAACUUGGAAAUUUGGAUUCAUAUUAUCUCAUGAAAACGCUCGCUUGACAUUCACUUGAUUCUCA